AUGUUGACCCAUCUACCCCCCCCCCCGAGGCUUCUCUCUGACCACGUACCACACCCUGGGCGGCGCCUUCCUCGCCCCCGAGUGGACUACCUGCCGCGGCCCGAGGGCGCCCACGACGCAGCUGCCGCCCGAAGCGCCUCACCGCUGUUCAUUCCCGCCGGCGACAACACCUCCGAAGAGGCUAAACCCGAGUGCAGUUACUUCGUGCUGAACUCGUCCUCGGGCCAGGUCGAGGAGGAGCCGUGCGUCGAGUGGGACUUCGACAACUCCACCUUCAGCUCCACCGUUGGCACUGAGUUCCAGCUUGCCUGCGGUUGGGAGUACCUUCGCUCGACGUACCAAAGCAUCUACAUGUUCGGCGUCACGAUCGGGGCGCCGUUCAACGGGGUUCUGGCCGACAGGUACGGGCGUAAGAUGACAGUGGCCGUGGGUUUCGUCGCCUACUCCGCCCUGGCCAUCGGCUCCUGCUGGAUCCCCAACCUCUCGGCUCUCCUGCUCUCGCGCUUUCUCAUGGGCGCCGUCCACCCCACGAUACAGAAGACGGGAUAUAUACUAGGCAUGGAGGUCGCGGAUCCCAAGUGGCGCACGCAUAUCGGCAUUGUAUUGUUUCUGCCAUGGGCGCUUGGUCUCAUGGCGUGGGGCGGGUUCGCUUACCUCGUCCGGGAAUGGCGGAUGCUUCAGCUGACCGUGUCUUUGCUGUGUCUGGCCUUCUUGCCUACUCUGUGGUUCAUGGACGAGUCGCCUCGGUGGCUGGCCGUGAGGGGGCAGCACCGGCGCGCCCUCCGAGUGCUGCAGGGCCGCCAGGUGGAACGGGGUCGCCCUCCCCCCGAGGACGAGCUUCUGCUCCUGCUCAAGGACGGAGUCAAGGACGAGUUCCAGCUUGCCUGCGGUUGGGAGUACCUUCGCUCGACGUACCAAAGCAUCUACAUGUUCGGCGUCACGAUCGGGGCGCCGUUCAACGGGGUUCUGGCCGACAGGUACGGGCGUAAGAUGACCAUGGCCGUGGGUUUUGUCGCCUACUCCGCCCUGGCCAUCGGCUCCUGCUGGAUCCCCAACCUCUCGGCUCUCCUGCUCUCGCGCUUUCUCAUGGGCAUGGAGGUCGCGGAUCCCAAGUGGCGCACGCAUAUCGGCAUUGCAUUGUUUCUGCCAUGGGCGCUUAGUCUCAUGGCGUGGGGCGGGUUCGCUUACCUCGUCCGGGAAUGGCGGAUGCUUCAGCUGACCGUGUCUUUGCUGUGUCUGGCCUUCUUGCCUACUCUGUGGUUCAUGGACGAGUCGCCUCGGUGGCUGGCCGUGAGGGGGCAGCACCGGCGCGCCCUCCGAGUGCUGCAGAGGGCCGCCAGGUGGAACGGGGUCGCCCUGCCCCCCGAGGACGAGCUUCUGCUCCUGCUCAAGGACGGAGUCAAGGACGAGGCAAUGGUACGCCCGCACCAAGACGCCCGCGCCCACACCGCGAGAGGCUGGUUCAGAAGGCGUUUGGAUGAAGCAUUUAUUCUUUUCAGAACCCCCCGCCUUCGCACCAUCACCCUCAGCCUGUACACCAACUACCUACUGGUGGGUGCUGUGUACUUCGGCCUCUCGCUCAGCGGCGGCGACCUGAGCUCCGACCCGUUCCUGUACAUGGUGCUGACGGGGGUCGUGGAGCUGCCGGCCUACACGCUGGUCAUCCCCCUGGUGGCUCGCUACGGCAGGAGGGCUCCCGUUGUCGCCUUCUUCUUCAUGGGCGCCGUGGCUCUUCUCGCACUGCCCUUCGUGCCCACGGGUACUGGGGAAUCGAUGCCCUUAGCCCUUAUGGGGAAGAUGAGUAUCGCUUCGGCCUUCCAGAUCCUCGACUUUUACUCCUCAGAGCUCUUUCCCACCGAGGUUAGGACGAGGGGCAUGAGCACAGCCCUUGUCAUGUCAAGGGUGGGGUCUACUUGUUCGCCUUUCAUCACGGACUACUUGGUAAGUUUUUUCUUCUUCUUUUCUUUUCUUUUUUUCUUUUCUUAUUUUCUUUAUUUUUGACAGGAAUAAAUCAUGGUGAAUGUUAUUAUUAUUUUUUUUAUGGGAAGGGAAUAUUAUGUAAGUAGUUUGAAUGAGCUUGGAUGUGUUUCAGAUUUUUACCAAUCACUGCAUGACAGCAAGAUAUGACAGUCUUCUUGCUUUUUGUUUAAAUCUCUAUGAUUUUUAUAACGCUCUCUCUCCCUCCCUCCCUUCAUCCCUCUCUUUUCUUCCUUCCCUGU